AUAAUACAUCUUAACGUUAGAUGUCACCCGCCAUUAAAAAUCACAAAGAAGAAAAAGAAGAAGAAGAAGAACUUUAAAUGUGGCCAAAAACCCUUAGACUUGUCUUGUGAGGCCUUAAGCUGCCAACCAGAGAACUGGAAGCGACAGCCUGCGAGGGAGCAGUUAGCAUCAGAGCUAACUGAGAAGCUAACGGCCAGAGAAGUUUCCUGUUAGAGGAAAAGGGAAAAAGUGACUUCUCAUUGAGAACACUGGACACUUAUUGGACUCUGGGCUGUUUGGAGGCUUUUCUCCGAGGAACAAAAGCGAGUCUGACGACAUUUCACAGCCUCUUGUUCUCUUGGAAGGUUCUUGCUGAUCAAUCUGCCAGUGGCCAAGAGAGGAACUUCAUUAUUAACCUGAAGGAACCAAACACCAAAGACAUGAAAGAGGAAGAACCAGAACCUCAAGGAAUUAAAGAAGAACAGCUUGGACUGUGUAUCUUUCCAGAUGAAAAGCAACUUGUUAAGCAGGAGACAGAAACCUUUGUAGGGUUUUCUGCUUGUGACAAACUAUUUCAAGUUGAACCUGAACUGCAACAGAUGAACGUGACAAAGGAGGAACCAGAACCUGUAGAGAUUAAAGAGGAACAUGGGGAUCUCUGGAGUAAUGAGGACGAGGAGCAGCUUGUAGUGAAGCAGGAGGCUGGGACCUUUAAGGUGACUCCUCUGGAUUUGAAAGAUGACACAAAUGAACCAGAAGAGAAAAUGAACCAACUGCUCAAUGCAGACUCCCCUGAAGGUGAGAAGCAACAUCAGCAGGAUAAUAAUCAAGAAGAGUCAGGAUCAAACACAGAUGAAGAGCUAAAGCGUAAAAAGAGACGAGAGAAAACCAAAGAUCACAGUGAUGGUUCAAAACUAAAAAGACAUAAGACCAAUAAACCUUGUGAAGUAUGUGGUAAAUGUUUCACUAAAUGUAGAUGUUUGACUAAUUACAUGAGAGGAAAUACAAUAGAGAAAUCUUUCCUGUGUGUGCUUUGUGGAAAAGAUUUCCCUGGGAAAAGUAGGUUAAAUAUCCACAUGAGAGCCCACACAGGGGAGAAACCUUUCUCCUGUCCAAUUUGUGCAAAAGGUUUUUCCAGUAAAAGUAGACUGAAUAUUCACAUGAGAACUCACACAGGCCAGAAGCCGUAUGCUUGUGAAAUGUGUGAUAAAUCUUUCAGCCUUAGUAGUUAUUUAGCUCGUCACAUGAGAACACACACUGGUGAGAAGCCUUUUUCCUGUCCAACUUGUGCAAAAGGGUUUUCCAGUAAAAGUAGACUGAAUAUUCACAUGAGAACUCACACAGGCCAGAAGCCGUAUGCUUGUGAAAUGUGUGAUAAAUCUUUCAGCCUUAGUAGUUAUUUAACUCGUCACAUGAGAACACACACUGGUGAGAAGCCUUUUUCCUGUCCAACUUGUGCAAAAGAUUUUUCUCGAAAAGGUAACCUGCUUAUUCACAUAAGAACUCAUACGGGCGAGAAACCAUACGCUUGUGGAAUGUGUGAUAAAUCUUUCAGCACUGGUAGUUAUUUAGCUUGUCACGUGAGAAUGCACACAGGUGAAAAGCCUUUUUCUUGUCCAACUUGUGCAAAAGGUUUUUCCACUAAAAGUCAGCUGAUUAUUCACAUAAGAACUCAUACGGGCGAGAAACCAUAUGCUUGUGAAAUGUGUGAUAAAUCUUUCAGCGUUGGUAGUCAUUUAGCUUCUCACAUGAGAACGCACACAGGUGAAAAGCCUUUUUCCUGUCCAACUUGUGCAAAAGGUUUUUCUCGAAAAGGUCACCUGGUUAUUCACAUAAGAACUCAUAUGGGCCUGAAACCAUACAAUUGUGGAAUGUGUGAUAAAUCUUUCCGCAAUAGUAGUCACUUAGCUGUUCACAUGAGAACGCACACAGGUGAGAAGCCUUUUUCUUGUCCAACUUGUUCAAAAGGGUUUCCCAGUAAAAGUAGGCUGAAUAUUCACAUAAGAACUCAUACGGGCCAGAAGCCGUAUGCUUGUAAAAUGUGUGAUAAAUCUUUCAGCCGUGGUAGUCAUUUAGUUAGUCACAUGAGAACACACACAGGUGAGAAGCCUUUUUCCUGUCCAACUUGUGCAAAAGGAUUUUCUCGAAAAGGUAGCCUGCGUAUUCACAUAAGAACUCAUAUGGGCCUGAAACCAUACGCUUGUGGAAUGUGUGAUAAAUCUUUCAGCACUGGUAGUUAUUUAGCUUGUCACAAGAGAACGCACACAGGUGAGAAGCCUUUUUCCUGUCCAACUUGUGAAAAAGGCUUUUUCACUAAAGGUCACCUGAUUAUUCACAUAAGAACUCAUACGGGCAAGAAGCCAUACCCUUGUGAAAUCUGCAAUAAAUCUUUCAGCUUUGGUAGUCAUUUAGCUACUCACAUGAGAACACACACAGGUGAGAAGCCUUUCUCCUGUCCAACUUGUGCAAAAAGUUUUUCCACUAAAGGUAACCUGAUUAAUCACAGUGGAACUCAUACGGGCGAGAAGCCAUAUCAUUGUAAAGUGUGUGAUAAAUCUUUUACUUCCUCUGCUAAUAGGAUUAGUCAUAUGAGAACUCACAGGUGAGAAGCUGUAUGCUUCUAAAGCGUGUGCCAAGUCUUUCAGAAACAGUUGUUAUCUGGCUGAUCACAUGCUAACCUACAGGCGAGAAGCCUUUCCUGUGUCUUAUGUGGGGAAAAUGUUUCUUCAAGCAAAGCAAUCCAAGUGUCCACAUGAGAAUCCAUGGUGAUGAGAGGUCUCACUCUGCAGAUACAUAUUAAAAUCAAUGACUGUUGUAAAUUAACUAAACACAACAUACAGGUCAGUUAAAUCAUUAAAUGACAAGUUAUAACUUCUGCUUAUUCAUGGAUUGAUGGAGCCAUCUACUGAACAACUCUAAAAGACUUAAUGAUCUUCCUUGGUGUGUUAUUUAAUCAAUAGAAUGAGACUUAGAUUAAUUUUGCCAUUCCUCUGUUGUUCAUUUGAAUAAACGAUUGGGCUCAUGUGACACUAAAAAAUAAAAUGAUAUACUCAUCCUUCAUAAAGUUAAACUUCUUAACUCUCAAAGUUGACUGAUUUUUAGCGCUGUUUAUAGUUCAACCCACCCUGACAAAUACUAUUUCCACAAAGAAAACCCCAGAUCAGGAUGCUGCCAACACUGUGGAUGAAAUGUGUGUUUUAAUGAUGUCCGGGUUGAUUUGUUGCAAACAUGCCUUUAAGAGUUCAGUUUUAUCUCUGGGAUGUGAACGCUACCCACACUUGGUAAAUUCCUGCAUGAACUCAAAAAGUGCAACAUGAUUACUGUUUGUCUGUUACCUAUUGUAAUCCUGAAGAUUUUUAUGUUGAAUUGUACAGAAUAUAUUUUGUAAUGAAUUUUGUAUGAAUGUUAAAGGUGGAAAAGUUGAAUUUUCUUUGGUCAUAGCUUUCAUAAAAACUCAGCUUUUGGGGCUUGUAUGAGGUCUUGAUGUUGUCUCACUGCUUGUAGGAGGUGAUUUGACAGGGCGGCUCUUUUCAAUGUGGUCUUGGCUCAGGCAAUCAGCAGCCAACUGUUCAUAGUUCAAUAAGUCACCCCUUCUAAAUAGCUAGCACAACACAACAAAGUGUGAUUAUUGUUCUUAUCCAGAUCAAUACUGUCAUCCUUUACUUAAAACCUCCUUCAAGCAAUUUCACAAUCAGAUAUUUUUGUCCACAAUUACUUUCAUCUUAGCCUGGAAGUUCUGCAAUGUAAUCAUUACAUGUAAGUUAGCUGGCAUAUGAAUUUAUAGUCAGCAGUAUCUCACUAAAUAUUAAAAGCAAUUCUCAAA